CAGGAUGUAUUUUUCGUACAGCUUUCUCUCACAUUCGUUGCGGCUUUAUUCUGUUUCCACGUUUCAUUCGCCUUGAAAUUAGCGCUGACUUACUGCCUCCUACUGGCAGGAAAAGUCUCAUUAGAAUGCGUGGUUUUGUAGCUGCCGUGACAUCGGGCUUCCAAUAGCAUUGUGGGAACAGACUACAGCGCAGCUCCUCGCCCGUGUCUAUGAAACAGCAACAUGGCAGCUGACUGAGAUUGAAUCCUCACAGACCGGAGAGAAGAUAACAGGGAUAAAGAAUCAAUCAAGUUGCACCAAACGCCACUCUUCGGUUAUUGCUGCGGACGCGGAGUCUGCUCAAGGUUCAGCUGUGCCGGGACCCGGUCGCCAUUCUGCGAUGGCCAGUGAGGAUGACGACCCAGUCAUACAAGAGAUUGAUGUAUACCUGGCCAAAAGCCUUGCAGACAAACUGUAUUUAUUUCAGUACCCGAUACGCCCAGCUGCUAUGACCUAUGAUGAUGUCACUCAUUUAUCAGCAAAAAUCAAACCCAAACAGCAAAAGGUUGAAGUGGAGAUGGCCAUAGACUCCAUGAGCCCGAACUACUGCCGCAGUAAAGGAGAGCAAAUAGCCCUCAACGUCGAUGGAACCACCACAGAGGAGAGCAAUACAUAUUCCACGAAGCUUAUGGACAAGCAGACCUUCUCCUCCACCCAGGCAACCACAAACACAUCUCGCUAUGCUGCUGCUGUCUUCAGGAAAGGUGAACUCCACUUAACACCACUACAUGGCAUUCUCCAGCUAAGACCUAGUUUCUCCUACCUGGACAAGGCAGAUUCUAAACAUCGGGAGCGAGAGGCUGCCAAUGAAGAUGGGGACUCCUCUCAAGACGAGGUGGAGGAGGAUGUGAAGCAGAUCACUGUUCGUUUCUCUCGUCCAGAGUCGGAGCAGGCGCGGCAGCGGCGAAUCCAGUCCUACGAGUUCCUACAGAAAAAGCAUGCGGAGGAGCCCUGGGUUCAUCUACACUACUACGGACUCAAGGACAGCCGCUCGGAACAUGAGCGCCAGUAUCUGUUCUGCCAGUUCACAGGCAUGGCUGAGAACACUGAGCUUGUCAAGUCACCCAGUGAGUACCUGGCCAUGCUAAUGCCUCCGCCUGUUGAAGGUGAAGUUGCAAAGCCAGAGUGUCCCAGCAACGUUCUGUCCAUGGCUCAGCUCAGGAACUUGCCGCUCGGGGACCAAGUGAGGACACUUAUGAAGAACGUGAAAGUGAUGCCAUUUGCUAACCUUAUGGGUUUCCUGAGUCCUGGGACAGACUCCACUGCAGUGCUGCGCUGCAUACAGCAGGUGGCGAUGCUGGUCCAGGGAAAUUGGGUCAUUAAGAGCGAUGUCCUGUACCCAAAAGACAGCUGCAGUCCCCACAGCGGCGUGCCAGCCGAAGUUCUGUGCCGGGGGAGGGACUAUGUGAUGUGGAAGUUCACGCAGGAACGAUGGGUGGAGAGGAAAGCUGUGGCUGCCGUUGUUAAGCUGCCCCCCGAGGACGUGAAGGACUUCAUGGAGCAGAUGGCUGUGACCCGUGUUAACCGCGGCUGGGAGUUCCUUCUGCCCCAUGAUGGCGAGUUUAUCAAGAGGCACCCCGACGUGGCCCAGCGGCAGCACAUGCUCUGGAUGGGGAUCCAGGCCAAGUUAGAGAACGUUUUCAAGCUCUCCAAAGAGGACAUGAUGCCAAAGAAACAGAAUCCUCAACCAGGCUUGGUGGUGAGCGGAGAGCAGCUUGUGACCACGGCGAGGGAGAAGGUGCGUGAGAACUACAGCGUGCUGGAGAGGCAGCUGCAGCAGAGGCACAGGGCACAGAGCCAGGACCUGGGGGCAGUGCGGGUCAAACAGGAGCCCCUGAGUGAUGGGGAGGAGCCCUUGUCCACAGGGCACAAAGGGGCUGUCAACAGCCUGCACUCGAACGACAGCUCGUGGGACUCUGUGAACGGGCACUGCCCCCUGCGCGCCAAUGCCGCCCCCACCCAGGAGCUCAGGGACUUUGUGAGCAGCAUCUUCAGGAAGCACUUUGUCCUGAUACAUAGAACCAUGAAUCAUGAAUUCAAAAGUGUCCCACAUAGUUUGCAUCAGGACAAAGGGGGGGGUACAUGAGGGCUAUUAUUAACUGGAGUAUUAUUAACACAGAGACAACAACCAACACUGUUGAUCCAAGGACUCGGACUCUAUUGCCCAAAUAAGACAAACAGUAAUGGCUGUAGUUAAUACAUGAACUUCAAAAACAACACAGGAGAAUUUAAGUAAUCACCUAGUUUUGCCCACACCAACACUGUCUGGGCAAAUCGUAAACAGACCACAUUCACACCAAGACAUAGCUCAUCACAGCAAUGUGCGCAAGAAGCGUUGGCAGGCAGCACAGCGACAUUUACAUAGCUUUCCUCAUAAAACACUAGCGAUGAGAAUACUGAAUACUGCUGUACCUCAAUUAGCAACCAAAAAAGAAAAAAGCUGCCUAUUUAAAUUGUCAUGUGUGGGUGCAAUUUUAAGUGCGACAUUAAUACACCACAUUCACACACAUCUGACUACAUAUAUACAAAUAUGUAACUACUGCAAUGCAGGUGGGACCAACACUGUAAGGCUAAUUUAGCAACAGAUCUUUUAGUUCUCAACAAUAGACAUGAAAAGGAUUUCAUGGCUGUAAUGAAGACAGAGCACAGUCUUACUUAGAUGUUAGUUUCUACCCAGCCAGCAUGUGGAGAUCAGUUUCCAGAUAACCUGCUACAAAAACGUACACAAUUACAGUAUAGGCAUGUCCAUACACAUCAUGUAUAUUAUCUACAGCUUACAAACAUGUUCUAGCGAAUCCAUGCACCCGACUUUAAUACAAUGUUUAAAAGUUACAAAGUACAAAGUUACUUUUACCCCAAACUCAUCUCUUCACUGUAUCUUUCUCCCCAACAUCCUUUCUUUCACAAACUCUAUGUUUCCUCUCCACACAAUCCUUCCUCAACGUUACAUUUCAUCCACUUAUAUAUUUUUUUGUCCGCUGAACAUUUUACAUCUUAGUAAAUCCAGUCCACAACAUGAAG